UGAGUUAGUUAGUGACACCCCACAAGCACAGAAACUCCACAGAGAGAGGAGAGAGAGACCGAGAGAGUUCGUUUGGAGACGUUGCCGGACUCCAAACGUCACACUGCGGCGAAAUUUGGGAAUCCGGUUUGCGUCCGGUCUAGGGUUUCGUCCAUCUUCCUCGUCGGCGACACAGUAGCAAGCAUACGUGAUUCGCAGGCUUUCUCCCGACUGAUUGAUUCCCCUUGGCGCUCCCAGAGUCGAAAGUUGAAGAAGAGCGUCCCCUGCCCCCAGGAUAGGGCCUGUGACUUGCUUCUUCUGUAUCAAAUUCAAUUUUGGCGGCUGUGCACGAAAUUCAGUUGACUUCAGUUCCUAGACAAGCAAACUGUGGAUGUGAGGUUCGUCAUGUCGUCUUCUACCCCGCAGAGGAAGAUGUGGUCCGUUUGGUCUCCGCGGAGAGAGGCUCACAAAUCUGGCGGGCUUUUGCAUCAGACCCUCAAUUCCAAUGACACUCCUGCUUCCGAUUCCGGAGAUGGGAGCCCUUUCAGAGGGAAAGCGGUGCUUUUUACUGAAGCUGCUUCUCCCAAUGGCUUGAGUCGUGCUUUGGAUACUCAGGAUUUGGCUGCCAAGAUUUCAAGGCUUGAGAAUGAGUUAUUUGAAUAUAGUAUGGAGCUUCUUUUAGUUGAAAAGAAGGAUUGGAAUGCUAAAGCUGAUCAACUCAAGCAAGCGUUAGCUGAUGUGAAGGAUGCACUGAAACGGGAGCAAGCUACACACUUGGUUUCAGUCUCUGAUGCUGAGAAGCGAGAAGAAAAUUUGAGGAAGGCAUUGGGGGUUGAAAAACAGUGUGUGGUUGACCUGGAGAAGACUGUGCAGGAGAUGCGAUAUGAAAAUGCUGAAAUUAAGUUCACUUCUGAUUCUAAGUUGGCUGAAGCAAAUGCAUUGAUGAGACGUGUUGAAGAAAGAUCUCUUGAGGUUGAGGCAAAGCUGCGGUCAGUUGACGCUAGGCUGGCAGAAGUGAGCAGAAAGAGUUCAGAGCUGGAGAGGAAAUCACAAGAGGUUGAGACCCGAGAAAGCGCCAUAAGAAGGGAUCGUUUAUCCUUGAUUGCAGAGAAAGAAGCACACAAAGACACUUUAUCUAAGCAAAGAGAUGACUUGCGAGAAUGGGAGAGAAAAUUACAAGAGGAGGAAGAGAGGCUAUCAAAGGGUCUGAGAAUCGUCAAUCAAAGAGAAGAAAGGGCGAAUGAGAAUGAUAGACUGUUCAAGCAAAAGGAGAAGGACCUUGAGGAGGCACAAAAGAAGUUGGAUGAAGCAAAUUCAGAUUUGAAACGGAAAGAAGAUGACAUAGCUAUUCGCAAAGCUAAUCUGAAUCUUAGGGAAAAGGAGUUUGAUACUACUAAAAAUAGAUUACAGUUGAAAGCGGAGGAGUUAUGUGCCCUGGAAGAGAAGCUGAAUGAGAGAGAGAAAGUGGAGAUUCAGAAGCUCCUUGAGGAGCAUCAAGCUAUUCUGGAUGCCAAAAGUUCUGAAUUCGAGCUGGAGGCUGAGCAAAGGACGAAAUCCUUGGAUGAGGAGUUGAAGAGCAAGGUACUCGAUUUGGAGCGAAAGGAAGCUGAAGUCGAGCAUUGGGAGGCGAAAGUUGCAAAAAGGGAGCAGGGUUUGGAUAAGAAACUGGAGAAGCUCAAAGAGAAAGAAAAGGAUUUUGAAUCCAAAUCAAAAUCUCUCAAGGAAAGGGAGAAGGCCAUCAAAUCUGAGGAGAAAAACUUGAUGAUAGAGAAAAAACAGCUGCAUUCUGACGAGGAAAAACUUAUAAACCUUAAAGUUGAGCUUGACAAAUUAAAGGCUGCUAAUGAGCAGCAGCUUCUGAAGAUUCGUGAAGAGAAAGAGCAACUCCAGAUAAGUCAAGAUGAGAGGUUUGAGUUUGUUCGUCUGCAAUCUGAACUGAAAGAGGAAACAGAAAAGUGCAGAUUUACAGAGGAGCUGCUUUUGAAGGAGGCCGAAGAUUUAAAGCAGCAGAAGGAGAACUUUGAGAGGGAGUGGCUGGAAUUGGAUGGAAAGAAAGCUGAGAUUGAACGAGAGCUAAAAAGCAUUAGUGAGCAGAAAGACAAGUUUGAGAAACAAAGGCAAUCCGAGGAGGAAAAGGUUAAGCACGAGAGACAGGCUACAGAAGAUUACAUCAAAAGGGAGUUUGAAACUCUUGAAUUAGCGAAAGAGUCAUUUAAGGCCAAGCUGGAGCAGGAACAGUCUAUGAUGACUGAGAAACUGGAGAGUGAUAAAAACUUAAUGCUGAAUGAGAUUGAGGUACUGAAGAGUGAAACUGAGAACAGCUUGCAGAAGAAGCAGGAAGAAACAAACAGACAUCUGCAGGAGAAGGAGACAUUGUUUGAGGAGGAGAAACAGAGAGAAAUGAAAAAUCUCAAUUACUUGAAGGAUGUGGCUAGAAGAGAGAUGGAUGAACUGAAGAUGGAGAGAUCAAGGGUAGAAAAGGACAGGCUGGAGCUUGCUGAAAACAAGAAGCAUCUUCAGGAGCAACAACUUGAAAUUCGAGAAGAUAUCGAUGGACUUAGGCAGCUUAGCAGGAAGCUCAAGGACCACAGGGAAGUAUUUACUAAAGAGAAAGCGCGCUUCAUUGCCUUUGUAGAGCAGCACAAGGAUUGUAAAAACUGUGGUGAAGUGACAUCCCAGUUUGUUCUUUCCGACUUAAUCUCUUCACAAGAAAUUGAGAAUGCCAGUAUCUUGUCUGCUUCAAGACUGGCAGUGUCGGGAGCUGGGAAUUGCAAAAACUCAAAAGCCUCUGAAAGAACAGAGGCUGAGAAAUCUUCUGUUGUGGCCAGAAGGUAUACAGUAUCUCCAGCUUCUUGGCUCCAGACGUGCACAACAAAAAUAUUCAACUUCUCCCCGCUCAAAAGGAUAGAGCUUGUAAGAGACUUGGCUGAUGUGGCAGAACCUUCAAACAGAGUGGAUAUCUUUGAAGAUGAGCAAGAAAUAUCUCUCGUUUAUGGAAAUGACUCGCUUGGUGACCAGAGGGUACAGUAUGAUGGUACAGGAGAUGCUAUUGCAGCAAUGCAAGAUUUGUCAGCAGAUGGCCAAAGUGAUGUUAACAGUAUGUCAUUGCAACCUCCUCAAGAGAUCUCUGAGUCUUCUGAUCUGAGGGGUGGGCGGGGUCCCAUUAAAAGAAGAGUGAAAGUCAGUAGAACACCCUCUAUCAAAGUUGAUGUAGGAGAUGCCAAAGCAGUGCUUGGAGAGGCUUUGGAAUCAGAUUUGGUGGCCGAAGAUUCUGAACUUCUGAUAUCUGAAAGCCACGGUGAAUCUAGCCAUGCCGACAAGGGAACUCAGAGAAAUGGGAAAAAGAGGAGCCGAAAACAUGCUUCCAAGACCACAACAAUUGAACGUGAUGGCAAUGAGAGUGAGGGGCAUUCUGGUAGCACCGUAGCUGGAAAACGCAGGAAGCGUCAGCAGAACGUGACUGAUGUGCAAGCUCCAGGUGGAUCAAGAUACAAUCUCCGGCGGUCAAAGCUCAGGGCAGCUGUUGUGGAUGCCAAAACUUCAUCCAACCAUAAAAGUAAGAACAAGAAAGAGGGCGACGGUUUAGUUAGUCCCAAUGAUGGAGAAUUGAGAAGUCGUGCAGAUAUGCCAGCAGGGGACACUCGUAAAAAUGGGACAACUAGACACUCUGUUAUGCCAGCUGAGGAAGUUGCAGAACACAAUGAGAGACAGGGUAAUCCAGAUGUAAAUGUGGUGAUGAGUGAGGAGGUAAAUGAGAGGGUGGACAUGGAAGGGGAGCAAGAGUAUGCUACCGAAUCCAAUAGAGAAAGUGAGGAUGAGAAUGAAGAUGACGAAGAAGAAGAGUCGCUUCAUCCUGGUGAAGCCUCAAUAGGGAAGAAACUGUGGACUUUUUUGACGACGUGACAUGGUUGUAGCCAAGUUUAAGAUUUGAUGGACUCUUUGAUUGUUUGUCGCAGUAUAUAGUCAGGAUUUCCCUUUUCCCCCCUUUUCUGGGUUUGUGGAGUGUAUUAUUCUUCCCUUUUGCCGUGUAGGUUGCAUUCAUCCAGGAGGUCCACAAGUUAAAAAGUGUAGACAGAGUAGCGUCCUGGUUUUGUUUCACCCCUUGUUGUUUGUUUGAUUGAUUACCACUUAGGGUAUAUUUAAUUCGGAGAUGUUCUGUAUUAAAAACUGAUAACACGGGAACAGUAGAGCCAAUCAUCUGAUCUUUGGAUGGAACAGAUUCAGUUCAUAUUGAAGCCUACAUUCGUAGUUGAUUCGAUUGUGGUACCAGAUAACAGUAUUUUCUUAACAUUGUCUGAUCG